GAUGUCUCAAACUCUCUCGCUCACAAUCGGCAUCGCCACCGCCAAAAUUCGCUACGGCGAAGUCUGCGACUUGUGUUCAGUUACUCUCAAUUCUUACUUGCUUUAUCUCUUCUCUUUCACUGAUGCCCCGCUCCGAUGCUGCUGCAACUGAAACCUUGGACCCUGCCAACGCGGGUACACGACUGACGAGAAGCCUUGAAACGAUGGCUGCCGAAGCCAAAGCGAAGUCUUCAUACGGACCUAGGACUAUGGCUCCCGUGGCUCCCUCAGCUUUGCCUGCUGCAUCCACCACUUCCAUGGGUACCGCGCUUGCAACGAUGUUCUCAGACGAUAAGACCGAAAAGAAUGUCGAGGCUUACAAUCCUAAUGACGCCACCUUUCACAUCGGACCUUCAUGCAAAGAAAUUUAGUGUUCGUGAAUCUCGAUGCAUCCAAAGCCCCUCCGGAGGACAAUAUUAUGCAUGACCAUUCGAACUAUUUUUAAAUUCAGGGAUAGUCAGCAUACCCCUUCCUCUCAUCUGCCUCUACACCUCCAUGCCCAAACAGCGACGCAAAAUCAAUAUUCCGUUCCAGC